GAAUUUGUUUCCUUUUUCGUUUUCUAUUUUAUUUAUUAAUGUUUUUGAAAUAAUUUCACCCCACUUGAAAUGAACUUGGAAUCGAGUAUCGAGUAUGUUAAUUCAGUUUCCGACAAGUGAACAGGUCUUCAAAUCUCACAUCUUAGUUGAGCGGGUUUAGAUUCGGAAUUUGGGAGGGAUGCUGCGAUGGCUCUUUAUAAGCAGAGCAGUGAAUUGUUACCGGAAAGAAGAAUAUUAGUUGGUCCGGAUAAUAAAUCUGUUGAUAAUGAUUAUGGCCAGAAGGCUACACGUAGGCGGAAGUUGGGUCGGUUUUCUGGAAGAAGGCUUUUGUUUUGGGUUUUUUCAAGUGCUACAUUUGUCUCAAUCUGCUUAGCAGUUUUUGGCCUGAAGAUAAUUCUUCGCGGUGAAACUGCUGAUAUAAUUUUGUCUGUGGGAGAAGAACAGAAAGUAUCAACAGACAGAAUAAAAAGAACACCCCGUCGGCCACGAUUUGUUCCGUGCAAGGUUGGAUUACUAGACUCAGUUGAUGAUCUUGUAGAGCCCAAGGAAAUCACCAGUUUUGCAGAUUUUUCAUUGCAGUUUGUAGAUAGAGAGGAAAUUGCCCUGAAUGAUUCAUCUUACCCUAGAUUUGGAGGGCAUCAAACCCUUGAAGAAAGAGAACAAUCCUUUCUCGGAAAGAACCAAACAAUUCAUUGCGGUUUUGUCAAAGGACCAGAAGGGUUCCCAAGCACUGGAUUUGAUCUGGACACAAAGGAUAAGGAGUUCAUGACUACUUGCAUUGUUGUGGUAUCUUCCUGCAUUUUUGGAAGCUCAGACUUUUUGAGGAGGCCUACAAGCAAAAUGAUUAGUGGCUAUUCCAAGAAAAAUGUUUGCUUUGUUAUGUUUGUCGAUGAGCAGACCCUCUCGAAACUCAAGUCCGAGGGAAGUGCUCCUGAUGAUAGUGGCUAUAUUGGGUUAUGGAGAAUUGUUGUUGUAAGGAAUUUGCCAUACGAGGACAUGAGGAAAACUGGAAAGGUGCCAAAAUUUCUAUCGCAUCGUCUCUUUCCUUCCUCUAGGUAUUCUGUUUGGCUUGACAGCAAGUUGCGACUUACAACUGAUCCAAUGCUGAUCAUAGAAUAUUUUUUGUGGCGAACAAAAUCAGAGUAUGCAAUCUCAAACCAUUACACUCGCCACUGUGUCUGGGAUGAGGUGCUCCAAAAUAAGCGUCUAAAUAAGUACAAUCACACAGCGAUUGAUGAACAGUUCAACUUUUACCAGUCUGAUGGUCUUACCAAGUUUGACCCUCAAGAUCCAAAUACUCCCCUUCCAAGUUAUGUGCCUGAAGGAUCAUUUAUAAUCAGGGCACACACACCAAUGUCUAAUUUAUUUUCAUGCUUAUGGUUCAAUGAAGUUGACCGUUUCACAUCACGGGAUCAAUUGAGCUUUGGAUAUACUUUCUUGAAACUGAAAAGAAUGAAUCCUCAUAAAGGACUCAUGCUUAAUAUGUUCAAGGACUGUGAGCGCAGAUCACUUGCAAAGUUAUUUCACCAUAGAGUUGUAUCACCUCCAUGAUGGAAUUGAUUCUUUUUGGUAUAUAAUACAUACCAUGAAAGGAAUACACUGACAGAAAUCUCCCAUGACACUGGAUUAGAAUCCUGGGUGUUUCUAGGAGGAACUGGGGAAAUUAUUCAUAUAUGGCUCUCUGUGGACCUUUCAGCAAAUCUUAUGAGAAACAUUUGACAAUCUGAAUGAUGGUUCCCCAGUAAUUGCUGGUUGGCAGUUUUAACUUGACUGGUUUUAUCCUCACAUACAUGGACUCGGAAUCAAGAAGUUCAGAGCGAUUCUCAUCAUGAAUAUAACAUUAGUAUAGAUUCCAUUCUUAUCUCAAUAUAUAUUUAACUUUUAAAUUAAAAUUUACCUCUAUACAGUAGACAUAGCCGAUCCUGCACCUUAAAAUUUUGUAAUCAUAGAAAGUGGGUUCCUAGUUUGGUUGUGCAGACAGCUAACAGUGAGUCUUGAAGUUAACACAAGCAUCAGGACUUUCAUGUGCAAUUCUAAUGUGGUGUUUGUAUGGAGUGCUAUCUGAUGAUAAUUUUUACUUUA